CCAUGGCCAGGCGGCUUACCUCCUGUUGCUGCUGCUGCGGCCUGGCCAAGGGCGCGGUCUGUAUCGGCGUCAUCUACCUGCUUGCCAACUGCGCGGGAGUGCUGCUGCUGGCGCUGACCUUGACCGGGCCUCCGAUCCUUCGCAUCGAGGCCAGUGGCGAGCUGAGUGACGAGAAGGAGAAGGAGGAGGCCGUCCAACGCGUGGAGCACUUCAUCAUGGUCGUCGAGAUCAUGAUGCUGGCCUUGAUGGCCAUCGGCAUCCCGUGGGAUAUCCUGCUGCUGGUCGGGGCGCGGCGGAAGCAGCGAUACCUCCUGCUGCCCUGGAUCGUCUGGUACAGCCUGCUGGCCAUCCUGCUGGUGAUCUGGGCGCUCUACUUGAUGGUGACGCUCCUCAUGACCGGCGACAAGUCAGUGGUGGUCUGGGUGUACUCGGCGGCGUGCCUGGUGGUGGCCGCCGUCACGUGCUACGCGGUCGCGCUCGUCGGCAGCUUCCACCAGCAGCUGAAGGAGGAGGGCGGCCGGGGAGGCUACACCAUGCAUCCCACGACGGAGGGGUAGCGUGUCGUCUGCAGGCGCAGCGUGUCUCCCGCGGGCGCGGCGUCCGCCGGCGGGCUUACGGUGUCGUGUGGAGGCGCGAGGUGCCGUGCCGAGGCGUACACACUCUGCGUCUCGGCCCGCGCGCGGACCGACCCGGGCCCGGCCGCCCCGCCGCUGCAGGCUCGGGAUCUCACCAGAGUUCGGCGACCGGCAUCGCCCGCACCCGCGGCCCGGUCCGACCCGGCCCAGGAGGCAGACAGGGCAGCUGGGAUGCGGCGGGACGUCCUGAUACCUGGGCGUCCGGCGUGCGGCAUGCAUGCAUGCAUGCACGCGGCGGCGUGUCGCAUGGCGACCGGCGUGCACCUCACGGCUGUGCUGCGGAGACGCGUGUAAUCGUCGUGCGGGUGAACAUCCAUAAUGCUUUUCAAUGCGUGUGCGUCCAUUGCAAUAACGGCGAACAACGUGUGAAGCCGACAAGACGGAGAACCGUUGCUUGUCCUUGCGUGUGUGCGCCGAUGCGUACGUACACACAAGAUACGCAAGUGCAAGUCUUGCCGGCUGGCUAACACAUUCUGCGGUCAGGAGCUUUUUUAUGUAACUUCCAGUGUGUACUUAACAGCUUUCUUGGUACUUUCGUUCUCGCGCUCUAAUCGCUAUCAACGAUGUUGACGUGGCGAGUCAACUAGCUCGGUUGUCCACGUAUUGUGAUACUUAUAUUACGUAUUUAGAUGCUUUUAACACGUGUCGUGAGUUGUUUAUUGGCGCUGUGCUGUCGCGCGUUGCUUAUUGACGGUGUGUUGCUGUGCGUUGAUGCCAGUUUGACGGCGCACUCACCUCAAUCAGCAGGUUCUGUGAGAUUGCGACUCCUGAGUAAUCGCUGACCUGAGCGGCGGUGUAGGAUCGUAAGCUAACUAGAAUCGGCGGGGAAGCACACGUAUCCAUCGGGAUGGAUCGUA